GAACACUUUGAUGCGAGCGGCAACUUCACCGGGAGCCUUGCGCGCCUGUCGCCCACAACAGCCUGCAUCAUCAUCACCACCAUCAUCAUCCUCACCACCAGCAGCAGCAGCAGCAGCAGCAGCAUCAGUGUGAUGAAGCUGCGGAGGACGGAGACCUUCCUGCUCUGAGACACUGGAUCAGCCCGCGGACAGGAUGACUGAGGUGAUGAACUCUCUGGAACCGGGGACGGAGGACUUCAGCGGUGGAGCAGGAGGAGAUCAGGACACAAUAUUCCCAGAUACCCAUGAAAGGUAUCCAAAGUUGUCCAAGAGGCUUCCCUCCAUCGUGGUGGAGCCGACGGACGGAGCCGAGGUGGAGAGUGGCGAGCUCCGCUGGCCCCCGGACGAGCCGAGCUCUCCGGACGCUGAAACUGAGAGACAGUGUGUAGAGGAACAAGCCGCAGGUGAGGAGCGGUCAGAUGUCGCUGUGGACGAAGAGGCUUCAGCGGCGGAGAUGCAGGAUUCCAACUGAACAAGCUCUCCUGCAAAGCCCACUGUAACUGUGAGUGUGUCCAGACUUGGAUGAACACAACAGAGUCCAAUAGAAGAGCACAUAAUGUACAUGGAUAGAAAGAUCACAGAAAUAGAGGAGGAAGAGUAGAACAAACAGAUUCCCAAACCCAAGCUAACGGGGCUUGAAGCCAGAGUCGUGUCAGCAACUUCUAAAUAAAUCUAGCGAAGAUGUUCUUUAUUUUGUGUACAGAUCUUGCGCUGAUGAGGGAGCUUGCUCUGACACAUGUAAGUUAGUAAAGAUGACUGAAGGGACCAAAUUGCCACCCUGAAUCCUUUUUUGUCUAGAUGGCACAUGCCUUUUGAGUUUCUCUUUAUGAGCUUGUUUGAGUUGCCUGGAAAUUACCAAAAAGUAGAAUUGAUUGCCUAAAAUUAGGCUGCAAACAUGUUUUUAACGUCAUAAUUCAAAGUAUAGAGACCACACUUAAGCUUCAGUUGAAGUAUUUGAGGGUUUUCUUGUCUAAUAUGGCAUAUGUCACAAUUCCGAGUUUUUAAUUUAAUAUUUUCUCUCUCUGGCUCCAAGCCCUUGCCUUCCAAAUGCCCAAGAUAUCAUCUGCACAUCUGAUCCGGACAGAUGUUCCUAAAUGCUGUCUUAAGUAUUUAGCUCCUGUGUGCCAUACUACUACUAAUGGUAGCUACGGUAUUUUGUGCACAGUUUUUACAUUAACUAGAUGUAAAUUACAUAUGUUAAGUGCUGACUGCUGUAGUUUGGUGAUCUUGGUCUCACUAUUCACUUUGUAAUAAUAGCUACGAUGUUUUAAAGAACAGUAUUUGAUUAAGGAAGCCUUUAUCGCUUUAUUCGAUGUUAUUACGAUACAUUCUUUAAUAUAUUAUGAUAUGUACACAUUGUUCUCAUACAGUAGGUGUUAAAGGGAAUGUAAUUGUGUUCUGUUUUACUUAAGAUAAGAGCAAUAUGUUCACAGGAAUUUAAAGGCAGACCAUUUUGUUACAGAAGUAAGAAUAUAACCAGUAUAUUUUAGAUGUGUGUCGCUUGUCACAGACAUGAUAUUUUUUAAAAUACUGGAAGCCUAAAUUAUUGCACAAGUAAUAAACUUUUC